AUGGAAACAAUUGAUAUUCAAAACCGAUGUUUUGUGGUAAGGUGGGUAAAAUGCUCUAAGGAUGAUGUGAUCAAUUAUCAGGUGAAGCCCUUGAAGAAGUCGAUCCAAUUCGGUAUUUAUAAAAAGUUGAAAACUGAUAUUGAUGCGCAACCAUCUGCGGUUCACAUUGCCCCUGAUACUAAGGCGAUGCUAGAUUAUACUUCUAGGACGCUGUUGAAAAGAAACAGCUCCAUAUAUGGUAGCUCCACAUCAAGUAGUAGCACGAAUGUCUCCAACAGAAGGAGAAACAGUUCACCUUCGAUUGUAUCACAAUCUGCAGAGUUCAAAAAGAAAGAGAGAAGCAGCAGCAAUCUAUCAAUAGCAGAUAUUCAACAGCAGACCCAAGAACUACCUUUGAAAGAAAAACUUGCUGCCUCGGGAUUCAAAUUGGUUGAGUGGUUGGGUACAAUAUCAGGCAAUAAUGUUAAACAGGGCACAAUAGAAGUGAAAGAUAAUGAUUAUUAUUAUGCCUUUAUUCUGGAUAACACAGCUUCAAAAAAUGCAAAGAAAAAGAUAUUAUUUAAUGCUAGUGUUAUUAAGGAUACUGCAAGACCUGUAAUGUCACCAACAUCAAAGAAGUCUAGCUCUUCAUUGUUUGGUAGAUCUAGAGGUAAUUCAGCAAAAACUUCAUCAACCAAAUUAGUUAAUGGAGCUCAAGGACUUCAUGAUUUGAAUUUGCCAAAAAACGCUGGAAUAUUGAGUGUGGGUCAGGGAAGGUAUUUGCAAGGUUAUCUGAUGAAAAAGCGUAGAAAGAGGCUACAAGGUUUCAAAAAAAGAUUCUUCACACUAGAUUAUAGAUAUGGUACAUUGUCGUACUAUCUGAACGAUCAUAAUCAGACGUGCCGUGGUGAAAUGGUUAUACAUUUGUCUACUGUAAGUGCGAAUAAGAAGGACAGAAUUAUUAUAAUAGAUUCUGGCAUGGAACUUUGGUUCUUGAAAGCAGCAGAUGCAGCUGCAUGGCAAACGUGGGUUGAUGCGUUACAGUUUUGUUUUGAAAAAAAUCAACCGAUCGCAAGUGAUAUUGAUGCUGAUGCUGAAGAUACAACAUUAGGUAGUGAUGCCGCCAAUAUUGAAGGAUUUUCUGAUAGGACAAUAAAUGACAGCCGUGUGCCAUCUAGACCUGAGUUUCGAAACACCAGCGCAUUUUCUAGUUCUAGAAAUGAGUAUACACCAUUAUCUGACGAUGUCUAUAAUGAAUUUGCAGGUAACUUGGGUAUUAUUCAGGAAUGGGUUGAGAAAUGCAAACUAGAUUCCUUGAAUUAUGUUCCGGCAAGAAAAGAGUUCAUCUUGGAAGGCUCAAAGUCUGUAGGAGGUGAUCACGAAAAAAAAGGUAAGAUGUAUCUUGCUGGAAUUCAAACCCCUAAAGAGAUUUCCUCAGUUGAUUCACUACCUGAGAUAAGUGAAGAAACGCCAACUUCACAUCAACUUUAUAAAAGAUUGUCUGAUCUAGAAAGUAUAGUGGAUAGGUUUAUCAAACAAAGCAGAGUCCUAUUAAAAGAUCAUAGAUACAUUUCAAAACAGGUAAAAGAUAGCAGGCAAUCUAUAAUUUCUACAUUCAGUGAUAAUGAUGAAUAUUUUGACGCUAAAGACGGUAUUCCUCAGGGUGUUAUACUACUAGAUGAUGCUGAAGAGGAAGUAGGUGAAACAGGAAUUAUGAAAGACGAUUCUGCUGUAAUGAUUGAUGAUGUUGAAGACGAUGAAUAUGAUAGUGAUAUGGAGAGCAGGAAUCAGAAUUUAAAUGGCUUUACAUCAACAGAUAGUCUUGUUCCCAAUGAUAGAGUUUUGACUACGGAAUCAACGCCUACAAUGUUAGCAAGUAAAUCGGAUGAAACACCAUCUUACAAACAGCAACUAUACCCCUUCCCUAUUGGGGGACAAAUUACUAGAAGAAAAGACAUUCUACCGUCAUUGACAACUCCGCCUAGUUUGUUGUCUUUUCUAAGGAAAAAUGUUGGUAAAGACCUUUCUUCUAUUACAAUGCCCGUAACUUCGAAUGAACCCUUAUCGAUAUUACAGGUGAUUUCAGAAGCCUUCGAAUAUUCGGAUUUGCUUUCCAGAAAAGAUAUGCAACCAUUGACUUCAGUAACUUUGUUUGCUAUUUCAGCUCUUUCUAUCCAAAGGGACAAAACGAGAGCUCUGAGAAAACCGUUUAAUCCAUUACUAGGAGAGACAUUUGAAUAUGUACAUGAUAAGUUGGGUUUUAGAUUGAUUGCGGAAAAGGUUUCACACAAACCUCAAAUUUUUGCAUUCAACGCAGAGCAUCAAGAUUGGGUUUGUGAAUAUACCAUGACACCAGUACAGAAAUUUUGGGGUAAAUCUCUAGAACUUAAUAACGAAGGUACAAUUAAGCUAACUAUGAAAUCAUCUGGUGUUGUCUAUAAAUGGGUACAACCUACUACAAUGGUGAAGAACUUGAUAGCAGGAGAAAGAUAUACUGAGCCGGUAAACGAAUUUGAAAUCUUAGGUUCAGAUGGUAGCAAGGCUAAGAUUACUUUUCAAAAGACUGGUAUUUUUGGUGGUAGGUCAGAGUCUUUAACCGCAACAAUUACACCGCCAAAAUCGUCCAAGUGGAAACGACAGGCAUUGCAAGGUAAGUGGUCCGAGUUUUUGGAAGAUAGUACCACUCAUAAAAAGCUCUGGACUGUAGGAGAUUUAGUAAAGGACUCGUCGAAAAAGUACGGUUUCACUGUCUUUACCGCGCAAUUGAACGAGAUUACAGAUAUAGAAAGAAAUAAUUUACCCCCUACAGACUCCAGGUUGAGGCCUGAUAUUAAAGCAUAUGAAAGCGGUGAUAUUGAGAAGGCAGAGGAAUUAAAAUUAAAGCUAGAACAACUGCAAAGAGAUAGAAGAUUGAAAGGUCACGACGUCAAGCCCAGAUACUUUGAAAAAAUCUCAAAUGUUGAAUGGAAGCGGAUAGAAGGCUCUGCGUGUUACUGGAGUAAAAGAGAACGUAACGAUUGGUCAGAUGUAGAGAAGUUGUGGUAA